AUGCUUCUGGAACACUUCUCCGUACCAGGAGACUGUGCUACUCUGUUCCUGAGCAAAGUCUUGGGCUACUGCGUGAUGCUCGGCGGUAUCGCCUUCAAGGUCCCUCAGAUCCUCAAGAUCCAUCGCAACAAGUCGGCAGGAGGAGUUUCGAUCUCGCAGUUUGCACUGGAGAUGUGUGUCUCGGCAAUCACGCUCUCCUUCAACUACCACAUCGCAGCCCCGUUCAGCACCUACGGAGAGAGUUUCUUUAUCCUCCUUCAGAACAUCGUUCUUGUCUUUCAGAUCAGGUGA